UGUUCUUCAAGAACAUGUCAGACACCUUUGUCACCCUAGUAGCCUGGUGGCUACAUGGCUAUGCUUUCGCCUUCGGGCAGAACAACUCGGUUAUCGGAGCCCAGUUCUUCCUGACUCUGGACAACACCAACUUGGUCCACUUCCUGUUUAACUACAUGCGCUGUUCAGUGGCCACCACGUUGGCACUGGGUGCUGCCAAUGAGAGGAUGGAGCCCAUCGGCCACCUCAUGUCGGCCUACGUCUUCGCAGGGCUUGUCUACCCUCUAGCCUGCCAUUGGGUCUGGGAUGAGCAGGGAAUCUUUUACUCAGCCUCCACCUCUUACGCAACACAGGACUAUGCGGGCAGCGGAGUGAUAUUCCUUGUGGGUGGUGCUGCGGCUGCCGUAUCACUCCGGGUCAUUGGGCCUCGUGCCAGGCGCUGGAGUAUUCACUUCAGACAGAGACGCCACAGUCCAGCAAUUUUGGUCCUGGGGGGCUGCCUGCAGCUGGUGGGGUUCCUGGGCCUGGUGCUGGGAUCUCACCCACAGCUCUUCAACCCAGACGAAGGCCAGAUGCUGGGGCUAUGCUGGCUCAACCUGCUGUUAGCGGCUUCCAGCGGGGGCCUCUAUUGCAUGGUCAUCCACUGCAUCCAUUUCAACUACUAUGACCUGGACAGUCUGCUCUACGGAGCUAUCGCUGGCAUGGUGUCUGUGUGUGCAGGUGUGGACUCCUACAUCCCAGGUGUAGCUGUAAUGGCUGGAACUACAGGCUCUCUCUUUUAUCUGGCAGUCCGCUUUUUAAUGGCCAAAAUCCAGAUGGACGACCCACUGAACAUCGUUUCUUGCUAUCUGGCACCGGGCAUAUGGGGCUUGCUGCAUGCUGGUCUUCUGUCUGAGAAUGGGGCCCUCGGAGGGCGCAGUUGGAUGCUGGGGAAUAAUUGUCUGGCUGUGGUUGUGCUGGUCCUGUGGGUCGUGUUAAUCAUGUACCCCCUGCAGUCCCUCUUCAUGUGCCUUGGCGUCUUCAGGGUCCCCCGCAUCCUGGAGAAACAAGGGAUUGACAGGUUCAGACACCGGCAGAGACAUCCUUGUGUGAAAAGGAAGUUCAUGAAAUGACCCAUAAGAGCCUGUUAGAUCUCCAGAGGUUUUACUUGGGCACCAUCAAUAGAUUUUCUCUUUACUCCUGUUUAUAAUAAAUCAUUUCUUUACUUUGGGUAAUAACCUUUGUCACCGGUUAGAUUUUUGGUGUAAUUGAUCAA